CAGCAGUUGUGCAGCAGCUGCCAGAGUACGAGCGACACCUCCGAAACAAGCGGCGGAGGAAGCGGCGGCCGCGGCCGCUCCUGCUGGAGCAGGGGGAGCAUUUCCAGUUGGCUUUUAGUACCAAAGACUCUGACACAUCUCUGGAACCUGCAAUGACAAGUCGGAACAGUAGCCAUGCAGAGAAAACUGGUGAAAUGUCCUCAAAGCAGUCAACACCAAAAGUGCAGGUCCAACGAUCUGUCUCCCAAGAAACCAUCACUAUUCAUUUCUCUGCAUUUGGGAAGGAGGAAGAAGAGGAGGAAGAGGAGUUUAAGGAGUUUCUUGAUGAGGAACUAGAUGACCAAAGCAUUGUAACAGCACUUGAAGCCAAGGAAGACCUCUGCUUUGAGCAUCCCGGCCAUGACCUUUCUGGUCCAGCUACCUCGCUUAACGUGGCCAACUCUGCAUCACUGCUGUCCUCAUCACCUGCAGUUCUGCCAACUGCAGAGACUGUGACGCUCUUGGAUUCUCCUUCUGCAUCCCGAGUGUUCAGUGCAGUGCCACUAGUCCUGUCUCCAUCGUCACACUCAUGUCACACAGUCGACGUAUCAGGUGCAUCUGUGGUGUAUCAGGUGGGAUCUGUGGAACAGAAAUCCAGCCUGUCGUCUUCCCCGUCCUCAUCCCCUUCCAGAUCUACUGGGUCAUCCACAAUUUCUAGUUCCAAGCCUUUUAAGGGGUUAGUCAAGUCCCUUUCAACAGAUGUGGAACCCAAAGAACCCACCCCACCGAUGCGACAUAGACAGUUAAUGAAAACCUUGGUGAAAUCUCUGUCUACAGACACUUCUAAACAAGAGUCUGAAGCUGUGUCUUACAGGCCACCUGACUCGAAACUGAACUUGCAUCUGUUCAAACAGUUCACUCAACCUCGAGCUACAGGUGGUGAUUCUAAAACUGCCCCCUCCUCUCCAUUAACAUCCCCCUCUGACACUCGUUCCUUUUUUAAAGUACCUGAAAUGGAGGCUAAAAUUGAAGAUACUAAAAGACGCCUUUCUGAGGUAAUGUAUGAGCCUCUUCAGCUGCUCAGUAAAAUAAUGGGUGAUGAAAGUAGUAGCCACAGGCCCAAAGCCUUAUCUUCAAGUGCUUCAGAACUCUCAAACCUUUCCAGUUUGAAUGGCCAUUUGGAAAGCAAUAACAACUACAGCAUUAAGGAGGAGGAGUGUGACUCGGAAGGGGACAUCUCUGGAGGUGACUCUGUGAGUAAAGGUGACCAGUCAAAGGCUGCUGAGGAACAUGGAAAAGACACAGAGACCCCAAGCUCUCAGUCUUCAAGCACAAAGGACGUGAGUUCGAAACCUUCACUCGUACUUGAAAAAUGUUUGUUGUCUGCACUAGUGAGCAGGGAGGAUGAGGAGUUUUGUGAACUGUAUUCUGAGGACUUUCUCUUGCUAGAGGAUGAAAGCAAAACUGAUAAACCUGCUGAAACCAUGGUGGAUCCCGAGAUGACUGAGGAAACUGUCACUAUGCUCAGUAGUGAGGAUGAAAACAAUCUGGAUGUGCAACAGCCUAAACCACCGUUGAAAACUUUGUAUGUCUUAACACUGUUAGUCUAUGCUUAUUUAAUUAUCCCUCUCCCUGGCUACUUAAGUGGACUCUUACUUGGAAUGGCCCUUGGAUUUAUGGUAGCUGUCUGUGUGAUUUGGCUUGUUACUCCACGCACUCAUGAAUAUCUCAAAUUUCAUAAAAGUAUGAAAAAGCGAUGGAAUGCAGGAGCUCUAGACAUCAAAGAACCUGACAUACUGAAGGGAUGGAUGAAUGAAAUUUAUAAUUAUGAUCCAGAAACAUACCAUGCCACGUUGACUCACUCCGUGUACGUCAGGCUCGAAGGAAGCACCUUACGACUCUCCAAACCCAAUAAAAACAUUUCUAGAAGAGCUCUGUACAAUGAGCCAAAGCCUGACGUCACCUAUGUCAGCCAGAAGAUUUAUGAACUGACAGAAAGCAGGAUUUCCCUGGUUCCCAAGAGUCUGGCACGGAAACGAAUUUGGAAUAAGAAAUACCCGAUUUGUAUUGAACUCGCUAAACAGGAGGAUUUCAUGGCUAAGGCCCAGGCUGAGAAGGAGAACGCAGAGGAAAAGUCAUCUGCUGAAAAAGUGGACUCAAACAGCGAAGAAUCCAAGAAACCUCAGGAUGGGGCAAAGUGCAGUAGCCAAAAGGAUCAAGUGCUUUAUCUCUUUGGGAGGACAGGGAGGGAGAAGGAGGAGUGGUUCCGCAGGUUCCUCCUCGCCUCGAGGCUGAGGGCUGAAGCGAAGAAGCCCCCGAGUCUGUGUACGAGCAAGUCAGGGAUCCUGGCAGGACACAGCAGAGCUGACAGUCAGCCCGGAGCUCUCACGCACAGCCGGAGCAGCAGCAAGGGGAAUGCAGAGGAGAUCACAGCCCAGCCCAAGCACAAGGACCUGGCUGGCAACGUGAGGCAGAAAAUGCUCUUGGACUACAACAUUUAUAUGGCAAAGUGUGUUCCACAGGAAAAGAAAAGCCCUUCAGGUAGCCCAGUGCUCAGUGCAGACAGCAGCCCUACAGCUGUGAAAAAGUUGCCGGAUGCCCAUGAGGAAGCUGAAGAGGAAGAACAGGAGGCCUGGGUGAAUGCUCUGCUUGGAAGAAUAUUUUGGGAUUUUUUAGGAGAAAAGUAUUGGUCUGAUCUAGUGUCAAAGAAGAUCCAAAUGAAGUUAAGCAAAAUAAAGCUGCCCUACUUCAUGAAUGAGCUGACUCUGACUGAGCUGGACAUGGGGAUAGCAGUGCCCAAGAUCCUUCAGGCCUUCAAACCUUCUAUUGAUCACAGAGGACUGUGGGUUGAUUUGGAAAUGUCCUACAAUGGAUCUUUUCUAAUGACCCUGGAGACCAAGAUGAACUUGACCAAACUUGGUAAAGAGCCUCUUGGUGAAGCCCUUAAAGUUGGUGAGAUCGGCAGAGAAGGUUUCAGGCCAAGGGCGUAUUGUCUUGCAGACAGCGAUGAGGAAUCCUCCAGCGCCGGCUCUUCAGAGGAAGAUGAUGCUCCUGAGCUGGCAGGAGAGAAGCAGGUGACUCCAGGAGCAGAAGGGUAUGUUGGAGGAUCUCGGACAAGUAAGCUCAUGAGAAUUGUGGAUAAAAUUACCAAGUCAAAAUACUUUCAGAAAGCAACAGAGACUGAGUUUAUUAAGAAGAAAAUUGAAGAGGUCUCCAAUACUCCGUUGCUGCUAACAGUUGAAGUCCAGGAGUGCAGAGGAACACUAGUGAUUAACAUUCCACCUCCACCCACUGACAGAAUAUGGUACGGCUUCCGAAGGCCUCCCUACCUGGAGUUAAAAGCACGGCCAAAACUUGGAGAGAGAGAAGUGACUCUGGUUCAUGUGACAGACUGGAUAGCAAGGAAACUGGAGCAGGAGUUCCAGAAAAUCUUUGUCAUGCCAAACAUGGAUGAUGUUUAUAUUCCUUUAAUGCACUCAGCCAUGGAUCCCCGCUCGUCCACGUGCCCUCAAGAUCUGAGCACGGAGGCCUCUGAUCAACCAUGACAUGUGAAGACUCUUGCAGUUUACAGUAUUAUAAAAGUUAUUCUCAUGGUUU